AUGUCAUCAACAGUGGGCGGACACCUGCUUUCGCAGAAUGACUUCGAUAUCCCUCUGAACCUCGCGACCUCGUCCUCUGUAUCCACGAUACCGGACUAUUCGGGACAUGGAGGAGCAUACCAGAUAGCAGCGAAUGUGGACUCGAAUCCACUGCAGAAGAAUGCAACCAAGGACAUGGCGGUUGGCGGUGCCUCUGCUGCUGUAGGGAGGGCGGCUCGACCAGACGCGCCCAAAUCCAAGCGCGUACGGACAGGUUGUUUGACAUGCAGAGAACGACAUCUCAAGUGCGACGAGACACUUCCUCGCUGUCAAAAUUGUCAAAAGUCAGAUAGACUGUGCAAACGCGGAGUUCGACUGAAUUUCAUUGACACACAAGUCGCUGCACCGCCGUAUGCCCUUCCCUCGAGCCACGAUUGGCACGUGAAUUUCCACGAUGAGUCCCGCGACAUAGCAUCGGAGUAUUUGGGCGGCUACGAAAGAUAUCCUUCACUGACAACUGAGACACCAAAGCAGCGGGUUGGACCUACGUAUAGCUAUCGGGAGACGCCCACGAUGACGCCACACCAGGGAUUAACAAGUGCGUCGCUGCUCACUUCGUUCUCGGAGCACCCUCAAGCGAAUAUGACAGCUGAGCCAAUAUUCCACAGCACGCCGCAAGCACAGGCUCCAGACUCGGUAUAUCCAGAUCACCCGAUUGCUCGUUCUCCAUAUGAUGCUCCGAAACACCCUCUGGCCCCGGCGAAUGAAGUGCGGCCAUACUUGAAUACUGCAGAAGAAGUGUUGCUGAUGCAGGUGUAUGUGGAAGAAGUAGGACUCUGGAUGGAUUCAAUGGACCCUGGCAAACACUUUACUCAGUUCCUUCCGUUCCACGCACUGGGCGAGCCGAUGCUCUUGAAUGCCCUCUUGGCCUGCGGCGCACGACAUCUCUUCCUGGUAAACCCGUCGUUUGGUGAAGAAAAGGCGCUUUAUUAUUAUAAUAUCUCGACCAGGGAUCUCUUAAGCUGUUUACAAAAUCCGAACCGCGAUACGGUGCUUUGCGCAACUACGGCAGUCGUCUUAAACGUAUAUGAAGUAAUGUGCGAGAAAGCAAUGCAAAGGAUGAACCAUAUUGCUGGUGCCCGUGCAUUGAUCAAAGAGUGCCGCUGGAAUGCCAAAACGACCGGCAUUGGGGGCGCAUGCUUUUGGUUGAACGUUGGAAUGGAGUUGUUGAGCUGCCUUCACUUCAAUUGGAAAAUGGCCUGGGAUCCGGAUACGUGGGACAUUGAUAUGAACUUGAGUAUGAAUCAAGGAAAUACAGCGGGCGAUGAAGAGUUUUGGACUCACCGAAUGCUGUAUAUUUGUGCGAAAAUUGCGAAUUACCGAGCUGCUAUAGCGUAUCAGGGACUUGACCGAAACGCUCAUGACCCCAGGCUAAAUCAGCGUUGCGAAGAGUGGAAUUCGUUACAGAGUUGGUGUGAUGAAUGGGCGAGAUGUGCUCCAAGGUCCAUGAUGCCGCUGGCUUACUUACAUCCCUGGCAAACAACCUCGAAGUCAUCGUUUCCUGAAGUCUGGUGA